UCUUCAGAUUCCAGUGACUUGAUGCUAAGAAUUUACAGAGCUGAGUCAUAUGUUGGCCUCCAAGAACAUAAAACAGCCAUAGAAGAUCUGAAUUUUGUUAUUUCUAAAAUGCCAAAUUGGCCAGAGGUCUACUUCCGGAAAGCAAAAGUGCUGCAAGACUCUGGCUUUGUAGGUGAUGCCUUACAACUGUUUCUACAAUGCUUAGCCCUUGAUGAGGACUUUCUUCCAGCCAAGUUAGAAGUGGAAAGGACAUUGUGUGAUGUCCUGUCACCAGAGAAGUUAGGAGAGAGUCUGAAGGAACCAGCUUGGAAUUUACCGCGUAUUCGAAGUAAACAUUUUAUACUUGGUUCUGAGGUGACUGAGUCUUCCAGCAACUUGGAGCUUUGUCCUGAACAGAGUUUAGGAGGAUCAGAUGUACUGGAGCCUGUCAGUGGAAGCUUAAAUCGUGCACAGUCUGCCCAUGCUCUUAACUCAACAAAAGACCUUGCCAAGGAAGAUGGCUUAAAGAGAGUGUCUUCUGAACCCCUUCUCUCUGGCCAAGAAAAAGGUGCUUUGUUGAAAAGAAAACUCUCCCUCUCAGAACAGGAUACAGUUGUAUGCGAAGAUGGAAGAAACAAGCACAAAAAGCAAGGAGAAAGUACAAAAAGGGACUUGACACUGGCUUUUGGAACAAUUCCAGAGGAUUUGAUUGACGUAUCAGAUUUUGAGUGCUCUCUAUGUAUGAGGCUAUUGUUUGAGCCAGUGACAACCCCUUGUGGACAUACUUUUUGCAAAGGUUGCUUGCAGCGGUGUUUAGAUCAUGCUCCUCAGUGUCCACUCUGUAAGGAGAGUUUGAAAGAGUACCUUGCAAACAGAAAAUACAGCAUCACAGAGCUGCUGGAGGAAUUAAUAAUGAAAUACUUAUCUGAUGAGUUAUAUGAGAGAAAAAGAAUUCAUGCUGAAGAAACCGCUGAACACUCAAACUUGACCAAGAAUGUUCCAAUGUUCAUUUGCACUAUGGCAUAUCCUACUGUGCCUUGCCCUCUGCAUGUGUUUGAGCCAAGAUACCGACUAAUGAUUCGUAGAAGUAUGGAAACUGGAACUAAACAAUUUGGGAUGUGUAUAAGUGAUUCUCAAAAUGGUUUUGCAGAUCAUGGAUGCAUGCUGCAAAUUAGGAAUGUUCAUUUUCUACCUGAUGGACGGUCUGUUGUUGAUACAGUUGGUGGAAAGAGAUUUAGAGUUUUACGGAGAGGGAUGAAAGAUGGUUAUUGCACAGCAGACAUCGAAUAUUUGGAAGAUGUUAAGGUUGCUGAUGAAGAAGAACUGAAGAAACUGAGAGAGCUUCACAAUUUUGUUUACAAUCAGGCCUGCAGUUGGUUCCAAAACUUAAGAAACAAAUUUCGCACUCAAAUUCUUCAGCACUUUGGGCCAAUGCCUGACAGGGAGGAAAAUAUACAGGCAAUGCCCAAUGGUCCUGCUUGGUGUUGGUGGCUUCUAGCUGUUCUCCCAGUAGACCCCAGAUAUCAGCUGUCAGUGCUCUCCAUGAUGUCUUUAAAAGAUCGCCUGAUCAAAAUCCAACAUAUACUCACUUAUUUUUCUAGAGAUCAGUCCAAGUGACUAACCGCCUGGGUCUUCCUCAAAAGUUACUCCAUUCUGGUUGUAAUAGCAGCUGGAAUUUUUGCUGCCUUUGCACAUCUAGCACUGGUUUGAGAAGUGUAAUGGAACUGCUUUUUCUCUCUUCUCCGCACCCUCCUAACUUCCUAAACCACAUGGUUCUUUGAACGCACCCUUUCUUCAACUACGAGAGAAGACCACUGACAAUUGCACAGUCAAUCCAGCUAGAUAUGUUUUUCACGUUAUCUACAUUACAAUUUGCACUAUGUAGAAGAAAACCUUUUUGAGACUUGAUAAUUUUAGCCACUGACUUUUCAAAGCUGUGGAAAGUGCAGGACUUAAGGCUGACAGUCCAAGUUUACAACAUUGAGGAGGUAUUAAAGGUUUUGCAAAUGUUUGCCUCAUACAACUGUUCUUUUGCUGUUUGCACAAAUAUUUGAAAUAUAGUAUUGAAUGUCACUGUUGGAUAUUACU